AUGGCUUCAACCGUUAAUGGAGCACCACCAGACUCUCAACUCAAUCAUGCAGUAAUGAAUAGACUGGAAAAAUUCCUCAAUUCUGUGGAUACAAAAUUGGAACGACUAGAGGCCCUGCUUCCCGGGGACUCCGGGCUACAUGCAGCCGCAUGUCUCACCAAAACAGACCAGAGUUCCUCAAACUCUGCUGCGUCUUCUGGAAAAACCCAGCGUCUGCACCGGCUAAAAAGCCGCGGGAAACAGAUGGUAAAGUGGAGCAAGUCCCAGGCUGCCCUGGUGCCCAACUACGCCAUGCGCAAGAUAUCACAGUCGUCGUCGUCGUCCAACCACUCAGUGGGACCACCACAGGGUCUCGACGAUGAUAAAGGAACAAUUCUUCAGCUUUACAGGUUUUUGAAAAACACAGUUGAGGAAUUCGGAACCGAACCAGCAGCUCUCAAUAAUGCCGCUCGUGGCCCCAGGCCGGUUCCCGUCCACUCAGCAUCUGCCAUUGAUACCCCCUGUGUUAUUACUGAACGUAAAGAGGAUACUCCGUUCGGGUCGGAUUCUGAUAUGAUCACCAUGGUCGACUCCCCUCCCUCUCGACAAGCUUCCAACGUCAAGCGUUUCAAAGAGAUCUGGGACAAUCACUUUCCAAGCUCCAACAGCGCUGGAAGCACAACAGGUGCUCUUUUCAACUCAUCGGCCGCGACUCUGGUGUCUUCCUCCUCCUCUGACGACAUUCCGCUGCGAUCUGACGGUCUCUCGCCGUCAUCCUCUGUAAAGGGCACCGAAGGCAAUAUUAGCUGGUCUAUAUCGUCUUCGCCAUCCACAGAGGAGCUUUUACAACAUCUGGAACUUUUAGAUCAGAGAAUAGAUGGCCUGAUUGACGACCCAAAAUCGGUCGCAACUUCCAUCAAGUUUCAUAAUUACGCCCACGCUCUGAACUGUGGCAUGGAACGCCAUCUUCAUUACUAUGAGCUUCCUUUCCCCUGGAGGGAAAAUAGAUUCAUCGUUCACGGAUACCGGUUUUACGACUCCUACGCCAAGUCUCUAUUAUCUAUUUUCAACUGGUACGGCUGGCACAACGAAACCAUCAACAUCUGGACCCAUCUAUGCGGUGCCAUUUAUUUUGCAUUCAUACUCUUCAAAGAGUUUCCUCAAACAGCUAUCUACAAUUCUGAUCUGGUGCCCACAGCAGCCAAAUGGGCAGCGUUUGCCUUCCUUUUUGCUGGCUUGGAAUGCUUUGUGUUUUCUGUAAUAUGGCACACUUUCAAUGGUAUCUGUCACUUGAACUCCAGGUCUAAGUGCGCCUGUGUCGAUUACACGGGCAUAACAGUUUUAGUGACAGCGUCUAUUCUCACUACCGAGUUUGUGACGCUCUCUGGUGAUUCGAGCUCCCCCUACACAUGGUCCUUGCUAUUUUAUGCGAUCACGACAACUGUGCUUGGCGCAUUUGGAUUUUUCAUGAAUUGGUCACCAAGGUUCGAUAGGCCAGAAUCCCGGCCAUUGAGGAUUGCUUUCUAUCUCUUGCUAGCGAGUUUCGGGAUCAUAUCGCAUGUGCACUCCAGUUUUUUCAACAAGGAAUUCAGCUCAGCAGAGUUGAUCAAGCCUGUGCUCAGCAAAUCGCUUUGCUGGUACCUCAUCGGGGUGGUUUUCUAUGGGACUUUCGUCCCUGAGCGCUGGAGAACCGAUGUGCAUUUGCCCAAAAACAUUCCAUCUGAACAGGAGCUUACAAAUGAUCUCAACAUUAUCACAAAGCAUAGACACGUUCAUUUCCUUGUUGAACCAGUCUCUCGCUGCAAAGAAACAUCCCAAACUGGCAAACAAAAAUUCUGGUCACUUUGGUGGGUGGAUUAUUUCUGCUGUUCUCAUACAUUAUGGCACAUUUUCGUUCUUUUGGGGGUUUUCGGGCACUACAAAGCCAUGCUCGAAAUGUUUGAGAAGAGAUGGCUAACUAAUUGA